UCCCGUCACCACAAAUAUUGCAAUAGUACGAUUGAGUUCUGCCAUCUGGUAUGGGAACCAGUCAUUAUUUAUUGAAACAUAUUUAUGUAUAUUUAUCCACACUUUGCUAAUUGAGAUAUUUCGGCACGUUAACAAGCUUCUCGGAUUAAUUUGCUGAUUUCCUUGCAUCUUUCCAAUUGGAAACCGUUAUCGUAAAGCAAGAAAGAGGGAGCAAAGUUUGUUGUCUUUCUGGCGAGUCCGCCAAAAGCCGAGAAAAUUCUUGUCACCCAUGCCAGAUACCACUUCGGUCCGAGUCUCUCUCGCGGCUGUUUCUAGGUAGCAAGAUUCUCUGCAUUUGAGCACAUUCACCGGUGAUUGACGUUUGACGUUGGAGGGUAGAACAAAAGGUUGUGACAUAAGAACGACUGGUACGGGCGGACAGAGUGUCGAGUAGGGGAAAACAAAGCACUCUGCUAACAUCAAUGAAUGGUUAGCAAGACUUUCAACACUGCCUCGACGUCAAGGGCGUCACACCGAAGAGGAAGGGUCUACAUCUUGUGUCCAUGAACUUUGGGGUUAUUGAUCUGUUACGUAAAAGUGGAGGAAAAAACUCUUGAUGGUAACGAAGAGAUCGUUUCCAUCACUGUGACACGAGAAGGCACCAUCUAACAAUAUACAACGAGAAGGACAAUAGAAAAAAAGUAUCAUCGAGGCGACGUAUUAAAUAUAUUUCCCCCUUCUGACUGUUGGUUGGAAGGCUGCUUGUUGCGCCAUCACUUACCAUCCACCAUGCUGGGCACUCAGUUGAUGGCCGCUGUUAAAUUAUUCUUUGUAGUUUGUUUAUUCCACGCGGCCUGGGCCCGACCACAUGCAGACGAUGAAGAAGGAUUAGAGGAACGUGAUGGAGAGAGAUAUAAGAGGAAUACAGACGUCAGCUAUGGCUGGAAACACACCUCAUUUUUAAUAGAUUCUUUAAGGCAGCGCCUAAGAAACAACGAUUUAAAUUUCUGCAUGAAUGACCCCUUCAAAGGAGUUGGAUGUCCUGAAGAAUCAAAUUGUGUUGACUGGCAUGAAAUAUGUGAUGGUCAUCAGUCUUGUGGGCUGGAGGUUCGAGAGGCUUGUAUAAACAGUACAAUUGACUCCUAUGGAAGGACAGAUGACCGCUUUUGUGUUGGUGACGAAGAUGAAAAAUGGUGUGCUUAUAAGCAAUUGGCGCCUAAACGUUGCGGGGAGGAUUUUGUUUUCGAUUUAAGUAAGAAACGCCGACAAUACCGAAUCCGUCACCCGGGUUUUCCUAGCCAGUACCUGAAUGAUCGAUUUUGCUUUUGGACAAUCAGUACUGUCCCGGGGCAUUUCCUCUAUGUCGAGUUUAAGAAAUUCAAUACGGAAGAGAACUUCGACUACGUGUCUGUUGGACAGGGGCUUCGCCGAGAUGAUAAAGCCAGCACACUCAUCUACAAAUUCAACGGCAAACAUCAGUCGUUUAUGUUCCAGACCAAUCGCAACAUGCCUAACCCCCAUCAGGUAUGGGUCACCUUCAAGUCUGAUGAUUGGGAUACGAGUGACGGUUUCAUCAUCGAAGUCAGUGACAGCUCGAGGAGGAUAACCCAUGUUCCUCAAUCAAGCAUUAUGAUGGGAUCAAACCCGUUCCGUACGAGACCAUACAAUUCAACCAAUCGACUAGUCAUUCCAACUGACGGCAAAAUUCUCAUAAAGUCGCCCAACUAUCCCGCAUUCUACGACCACCACAACAUCACUAAUUGGAUUGUGUCAGCAAGAAGGGGACGUCGCAUAGAAGCAACGUUUGUCGAAUUGAAUACGGAGCAAGAUGGAGACUUCAUAAGCCUAGGAAACGGUCCCUUAGUGCGCAGAUACCCGAUAUUCUACCGAAAAAGCGGUCGGAUAACCGACCCCCGUGAAAUGCGCUUUGUUUCAACGGCGUCCGAUAUGUGGAUGACGCUCGAAACAAACUUGGCCAUUGCUGGUUCUGGUUUCCGUGUCUACUUUAGGGAGAUACCCAUUACUGAUUGUGGGGGAACGCUCUUAGUGCCGGAUAACGGGUCGAUCUCGGUGGCAAGCGAUAACUAUCCGGACCGUUCCUAUGGUGGUAACCUCGACUGCACGUGGUCGAUCAAGAACGAGGAAGGUCGCCGAAUGUGGAUCAGUUUCCAUGAAUUCUCAACAGAGUGGCGCAAGGAUUUCCUCAGCCUUGGCAACGGAGCACCAGAGGAUCGCAACCGCACCUCCGCAAUUAUUACCAUGCACAGCGGAAGGCACAUGCCAGAUCCCUACGAAUUCACAAGUUCGGGAGAUGAGGUUAUUAUCGCUCUCGUUGAGAUCUGGAUGACUUUCACGACUACUCGUUACGGCAGUGAUCGUGGAUUCGUAGUUGAUAUCUUUGACGAGAAGCUGCACCCACCACCAGUGACAACCGCUCCGCCAACUACCCAGCCACCGCCAACUGAGGCACCUCAAGAACCAUCUGAUGAAGAUCAAGAAGUUCGACCCACCAGGCGUCCAAAUCGUCGUCCUAAACCACGUCCUUCGCCCGUGGUCCUGCCAGGUUUCGAACCCGCACCAACCAACGAUUAUAUACCAUGGACCUGGCCACGAACAACGACCACCAGACGGCCAACGACUACACGACGAACGACCCGGCGUACGACAACAAAAAGACCAACGACUACUCGGCGGACAACGACCACCAGACGCCCGACGACGACAACGCGUCGACCUACAACACGCCGUACAACUACGACUACACGUCGUCCAACGACCACACGACGAACGACCACAACCCGGCGAACCACCACUACCAAACGCCCAACCACCACUACCACUACCAGGGCACCAACAACCAGGAAGACAACAACCACCACUAGCAGACCAGUCGUCAUCAACCCUUGGGAGAUUCCAAGCGACUCUUCAUCUUCUUCCUCAAUCUCUUUCUUUUCCAGCUUCGACUCUACUGGCAGCCAGUUUUAGUAAGUGGCUCCUGGUUUGAGUUUGUCUUGACUUGUUUCACUGUGCCUCUACAUGUUUAUUUACAAUGCCUCAUAACUGAUCAACAAUCGCACCAAACAUUUGGGAUAAUUGUAAUCCAAUAAAGAUAUGACGAAAAGUAAUGGAACGAUUCUGCUAUUAUACUUGUAUUUUACACUAAAUCUAUUGUGGUAUAUUGAUUCACAGGUUUAAUAAUAGUACCGGUUUGCGACAUUUCAGGUUCUACUUACGCUUGUUGCAAGUAGCGGAACUGUUGAUAGAUUAGUCAUUUCUAUGUCGGGCAAAUUCUCUAUGUUUUUUCUAUGUAAAUAGUGUUUUAUGCGUCACAACUCUUUGUGUUUUAGAUUAGCAUUUGGUAAGCGCCAUUGCGUUCACUCGCUACGUAACCUUUUUUUCACGUUAUUUUCAAUAGACUGAUAGAAAUCUUCAUCUUCAUUUGGUCAUUAAAUUUUCUUUUAUUUCAUGCAAACAGAAUACGUUCAAAAUUAACAUGAGAUCUAUAUGUGUACGUUGUUAAUUAAUAGAUGUAUCAUAUAUAUUACAUAGGUAAAGUUUCCUAGUUUAAUUAAGCUUGUACACCAUGCGAUUUUAAAAUGACAUUAGAAAUAAUCUCAUCCAAGAUUUGCACACUGAGUUUAUCCUAUUGUAAGAGUACUUGUCCUAAAUGAUUGCCGUUUUUCAUACAUCGGAUAAACCUUCGACAUGUACUCUCAGUUGGGCUUCUGUUAGAUUAAUUCUACUCGCUAUUACAACAUGUACAAAAUCAAGAAAAAAAAUGUUUGAUGACUUUCAAAUAAAACAUUAAUGACAAAGGAUAUAGCUCACAUGUGUCUGACAAAACAAGAUAAAUGAUGGAUAGAUACACUCCGAAGGCCGAGCAGUCACACGAGAAGGGUACAUUCUCCAGAUUUUUCUGAUGCAUAUUUUAUAUUUCCUCUUAGAUUGUAUUGUACAGAAGUCAUCUUCAAGUAGGCAUUCGUAGGUUAUGAUUAUAUUCAUGAAAAGUAUUACCAAAUAGAUUCAUGUGUUCACGUUUUGGUGAAUAAAGUCACUCGAUAAAUAAAACUAA